AUGAGACAUUGAAGAAUGAUCUUCACUGACAGGGCAGUGGUUUCGAUUUACAAAAGUUCGAGGCGUUUCUGGGGUCGAAGGGAAAGGUUUAUAGAUCCAUCGUCCCCCCACCACCCGAUCCUGCCUUUUUGCUCUGCGAUGUGAUCAACGAUAUACUCUUUCGGUAACACUGGGCAUGGGCCAUACAUAUCAACUUGCUUUAACGUUGCUAUCCUAGAGUUGUGUCCACCGGCAGCCUAGCCGGUAUUGAUUACAAACUCAUUAGGGCAAGACAGAAGGAUUCCGAGAGAAGAAGCACAACUUGACUCCGUCUUGGACGCGAGAAUGACGGGAUCUACUCCUGGACUCCGUCGAAGAGACGGAGUCCAACCGUAUCUCUCCCAUGGAGGAGCCAAAGCACUGUCUGUCAGCAUCGUCUUCACAAGUCUAGCAUGUCUUUUCGUUGUCGCACGACUCUACACACGGCGGGUGUUGAUGAAACGCAUGGAAGGCAAUGACUGGAUGGUUCUUCUUGCGCUGUUGUUUUCCUUCGUCUUCAUGGCGUUCUUCAUAGUGGAGGCCUUCAACGGAAUAGGGAUGCAUGGCGCCGACAUUCCACCCGAAAUCAUGUUGAAACAGAUGAAGGCCUUCUGGAUCACGAUCCCCUUCUACAAUGCUGCGCUGUUGAGCGCCAAGGCGUCUAUCCUCUUGCAGUACUAUCGCGUCUUCCAGACAUCACGGAUGCGCACCAUCUCAUGGGUCAUGAUAGGUGUUUUGGCAACAUAUGGAUCGUGGGCAGUUCUGAGCGGCUUUCUCAACUGCAUUCCGGUGGCCAAAUUCUGGGACCCAUCCAUCACGGGCUACUGUCUGAAUCAGAAGGGGCUGUGGUUCUCCAAUGCGGCCAUGCACAUUGCUACCGACUUGGCUAUCUUGAUCAUACCGAUCCCAGCCUUGAUUGGGCUUGAAAUCCCAAAGAGACAGAAGAUCGCGCUGAUCUCAGUUUUUGCGCUUGGUGGAUUUGUUUGUGUCACCAGCGUCUGUCGUUUAGUUUCGUUGAAGAAGAUCUCCGAGUCCGCCGACCCUACCUAUGACAACGUCGGCGCAGCCGCAUGGUCCGCCAUCGAAUGCAACGUUGGCAUCAUCUGCGCCUGUCUCCCAACCCUCCGACCACUCAUCUCCCGCGUCGUGCCCCACCUCCUCUCAUCAUUCAGCACAAGCACCGAAACACCAUACAGCAACACGCCGCUAUCGCACGCACAACCCCCCUCCUACUGGAACGGCACCGGCACGGUAAUGACGACAAUCAGCCGCGGCGACGACCUAGAGUACGGCCGCGAGCAUUCCGAACGGAUGCUGACGCUCGUCUCCGAGAGCGACUUCGACGGCAAGCGCAAGUUGACGGUUAAGGAUACCAAGGACGUGGAAGACGCAAAGGAGCCCGUGGAAGCGCGGGCCGAGUCGUCGUCGUCGUCGGCGUCGUCUGAGCCGUCGAAGUGAUACAUACCAUACAUCUCCCUCAUGACUUUUUCUACAUCUCAUUCAUUUGUCCCUUCCUCGGAAGGUUGGACAUAAUCAUGACGAAAACCCUACUCCUGCUGCCACUAGCAUGUCAGUGCUUCUGUGGCAGGG